AUGGAGGAGCCUAACUUCUCUCGACCAACAGAAAUUGUAAUUGUCGACGGUAUACUCUCUGACUUUGAUGGCACCAUUAUCGAUUCAACCGACGCAAUAGUCAAAUAUUGGCAAAUGGUAUCACAAGAUCUAGACGUAGAUUACAAAGAAAUCAUCAAAACCGCACACGGGAGGCGCUCGAUUGAUACUUUGAAGCAAUAUGAUCCUACCAAAGCAACUUGGGAGUAUGUGUGUCACAUGGAAGGUCUUGUGUCGAAGCGCUUCGGUCAAGACGCGGUCGAGAUUCCGGGAGCAAGAAGUUUGCUUGCGUCGUUGGAAACCCUUAACGCUCCUUGGGCCAUUGUAACAUCUGGAACCCAGCCACUCAUAGAAGGCUGGCUUGGGGUUAUGAAAAUGGCUCGUCCAAAAACGCUGGUGACUGCAGAGGACGUCACAGAAGGAAAGCCAGGUUGGUCUUGGAUCGGCUUUUCACAUCUAUUUACUACCUGUAUCAUAGACCGGAAAAUGCUGACGGCUGUGGAAGAUCCAGAAUGCUACCUACUUGGCAGACAACGUUUGCAGUUGAUCAACCUUGAGCCCGGAAAUAAUGACAAGCUUGUCGUUCUCGAGGACGCUCCAGCUGGAAUUAGAGCGGGGAAAUUAGCGAAUUGCAUGGUUAUCGGUCUUUCGACUAGCCACAGCAUCGAAGUAUUGAAAAAUGCCGGUGCCGACUGGAUCGUCAGGAAUCUUGAGAGUAUCGAAUGCUUCAGAGGCGAGCAAGAUGGGAAACUGAUGCUGCGUAUCUCCAACGCAUUGGUCAUGUAA